UGUUAAGUGAUGAGACAUCUAUACUGUUUAGUGACGUGAAUACGUGCAUAAUUUCACGCCGGUCACUCUGUUUGUAUCGGAUAUAUACACAUAGAAAGAAUAUCUGCGGGGUUGCUCAAGACACAAUGGACUCGAAUACAUGUGAAAACACCACAAUAGAUGGCAAAAUAUUACCAAACGAAGCUAGUGACUGCGAAGGAGUCUGCGAGGAUACAAGCUCCAAUGGUAUAAGUUCAAGUGUAUCGGUGGUUUCAGACAAUGUUGAGAUAGAAGUGUUCAAGAUUGUAAGUGGUGUUGCCCAGCUAGUUCGUGUAGAUUUGCCGUCCGACUCACACGACGGCGACGAUCACGUUGAGGCGUAUACAGCACCUCAUGACGGAGCGAGUGAUACAACUGUCAAUGCGAGCUCGCCUAUAAAACCAGAGCACACAACACAGUCAGUAGAUAGCACAGUUAAACUCCCCAAUGGAGGUCGCAUUCCUCGCGACAAGAAGAAGAAUAAGAAAAAGGCUAAGAAAAUACGUGAAUUGAAAGAGAUUGAACUGGAUUACGAUGGUUACCGACCCUUCCCACAGUACCCCCGGGCGUUCCUAGGCGCCGAAGCUCAGCAACACACACUAGACAAUGCAUACUUCGAAGGUAACGACAAACAAGGGGUAUUAGCUAUGGCUAGGAAUUACUUGGAAGGCAAGAAGAAGAUCAGUAUGGGGGCCUUGGAAUACCAGGCACUGGCGUACGCAUGCGAUGUGUAUGUACAGUUAAAACAACCACAGAACGCAUUAGAGCUUAUUGAGAAGUGUAGGUUAAAACCACAGCAACUGGAUUCCUAUAUGGUGGGUCUCAUGGCUGAGUGUUAUGAGAGUUUGGAGAAGUGGGACCAGUAUUUAGAGAUGAGGCAACACCUGGUGUGUAUUGAGAAGUCGAAUGCACGGUCAUGGGUUGCAUUGGCGGACACUUAUCUAAAAAUAGCACGGAUAAACAGUGAACCGCAGGUGAAGGGGGUGGAUAGAAUAGUACCGGAGGGGGUGGCACAGUUAAGUGCUGGGGAUAGGAACACAUCUGCUGACGUAGACACACACAGACAGCCAAGUACUCCCACAUGCACAGUUAAAAUGCCUAGAGAUGCCGGCACACAGCCUGGGGUGAACAUAACUGAUAGUACAAUGUAUGGUAUAAACGAGCGUAUAACGGCCAUGGUAGUGGAGGAGAGUGCUGAGCAACGGUCUAAUAAUAGCCGUCCAUUGCAAGCACGAUCUAAAAAUAGCUACGAGCUCAGAGCAGCGGAAGUAUGUCUGAGACACGCACUACGGUUGCUGCACACCGAGUUGGUGACGGCCAAGGGAUUUGCUGUAGCCCGAAUCAACAAAGCCACGGCGAGUGUGCACACAACCUUUGCAGAGUAUGGGUGGGUGGACAGUAAACCCAGGCAACGCCAGCGACAUACUGCCGAGCCAACUACAGUAGAGUGUGUCUGUGCCACACCACGUGGUCCCACCGACACGCAUAGCCCCACCCAAGAGGGUACACCACCGGAUGGUGCUAGUAAAAAUGGCUGUACGGGUGUGGAGACAAGCACAGAAUGCACAUGUGAUGCGGUGGGUGGGGAUGUGGCUAGUGCGCGGGAGGAUGAUGGCUACGCGAGUGAUGACGAUGAGAAGUGGACUGUCAAGGGUGGCUUGGCAGGUAAGAUUGUGUGCAGAGAGGUGUUUGAGGCGGCGUAUCUGGGCAGUGUACGGCGGUGACAGCUUAGUAGUUUAACGCGAUGGCUUGUAAUAGGCCACAUAACAGACCGUAUCAUAGGAGGAGAAUAGCCAUGCUUUGUGAGCUUGGGUAUAUGCAGAAUAAAAGUAAGAUUGUAG